AUGAAGAAAGGAGAACAGGAGAAAGGGACACACAAGAAGGAGAUACAACAGAUAAGAACAACAAUGAACAGGAACAUCAGAACAGACAAGAGUCAAUGGCAAUCAAGGGAUCAAAGGGACACCCUCACCACCUCAGGAUACACAAACUGGAAGCGUGCAUUGGAUUAUUUUCGAGAACAUGAAAAGUCAAACAUACACAAGGCCUCAAUUAUUCUCUGGAAGAGCUUUAAAGCCACCCACGUCCAUGGGGACAUCACACAGCAGCUACAUGCUGCAAAUGUCAGUGAGAUUCAGGAACGUAGGGAGUAUCUGAAACGCAUAGCAGCAGUGACAGCCUUUCUUGGGAAGCAAGGGAUUGCUUUCAGAGGGCACAACGAAGCAGCAGAGAGUGAUAACAAGGGUAAUUUUAUGGAAUGCAUGAAGCUUCUUGAAAACGUUGAUCCUUUUCUGCAAACAUAUAAGCCACCUUCAUGUGUGACCUAUCUCUCACCCUCAUCACAGAAUGAGAUGAUUGAAAGCACCGCCAACGUUAUAAUGGCAAGGAUAAUAUCUGAGAUCAAAGAGGCAAAAAUGUACUCAGUAAUGGUGGAUGAAGCAAGGGAUAAUCACACAGAGCAGCUUGCAUUGUGUGUGCGAUAUGUAAAUCCACAAGGCUCAGUGAAAGAAAGGUUCCUUGGACUUUCUCAGCUUGCAGCAUUUGAUGCUAAAACCAUCACUGACACAAUAGAGCAGCUACUUGACAAACUUGGAAUAGGACAUCUUAAAUGUGUUGCCCAGAGUUAUGAUGGUGCUGCUGUUAUGAGUGUAAAAGUGAGAGGUGUACAAGCUCGGUUUAGAGAGAAGCAUCCAGAAGCACUUUAUGUUCACUGCUAUGCCCAUGAACUCAAUCUUGUCCUUUGCGCCACUUGCAAAGCCAUCCCAGAGGCACAGAUUGGAAACAUUUCAGAAACAGCUAGAGGUAAGGGACAAACAACUUGUUCAGCUGUCGCACACUCGCUGGGCAUGUCAAAUUGA